AUGGGUGUUACUUCAGAAAAUUACGAUAGCGCAUGGGCAACACUUAAAAAACGAUACGAAAACCAACGCGUAAUUAUUAAUGCACAUUUAAAUUCUUUUAUGAGUUUACCUGUUAUUACAAACGAAUCAGUAAAAGAUUUAAAAAUUCUAAGAGACUCCACUGCAGAAGGUGUACAAGCCUUAAAAACCUUGGGUCAUAAUGUUGCUGAUGCGCUAUUGGUUUUUGUUGUUGUGGGGAAGUUAGCAAGACCAUCAUUAGUAGAAUGGGAAAAAUUGUUAGGCGAUAGAUCUGAUUUCCCAACGUAUCAGGAACUCGAAAAUUUUCUAUCAGUACGUAUUCGAACAUUGGAAGCUAUCGAAACUUCCAAAGAUAAUCAAAAGAGUCAGAUAUCAAAAGCUAAUAAUAAAUCAGUAGAUAAUAAAGGUUCCCAUCGGUCGGGUGUUUCAAAAACAUUUACCAUUUCAACUAGUAAAACUAAAUGUCUUUGUGAUGUUAAUCAUCUAUUAUAUCAAUGUGAUAAAUUUAAAAGUCUUUCAGUAAAGGAUAAAAGAUUAUUUAUAAAAGAAAGAAAACUUUGUUACAAUUGUUUUAGAGGUGGUCAUACAGCUUUAAAAUGUUUUUGGAAAAUGACUUGUAAAAAAUGUAAAGGAAAGCAUAAUACAAUGUUACAUAUUGAUCAGUCAAAAUCAGAAAAUUCAAAAAUGAUAGUUAUUAGUCCAGAUAAUAAGGAUUCAAAUUCACCUUUAGAAAUAGAAACAAGUUGA